AUGGUCCCUGAUGUUGACACCUUCACGGAGAGGACUUGGUCAAGCGACUAUCCAAUUGCUCAUUCCCUCAUCAUGGUUUUCUCUGGGACAUCCUCGUCAUGGCUGGCGUCAGCAUUGGCUUUGAUUUCUUUUUUUUCUCUCCUCAUCCCAACUAAUGCACUCUACUUCUAUAUGGAGGGCCGGCAAACAAAGUGCUUCUUCGAGGACCUUCCUAAGGAUACCCUAGUGGCCGGCCGCUACGAGACGGAAAUCAUCAACGCCCAGAGUGGCACCUACGCGAUUGACCAUAGCAUGAAGGUGCACAUCACCGUCGAGGAGACCUUCGACAAUGACCACCGCGUUGUUUCCAAACGGGACAGCCACUCUGGUCGCUUCCACUUCUCCGCCGCAGACGCUGGCCAGCACAGAAUCUGCUUCACACCUGAGACAGAUGCCACAUCCGGCUGGCUGUCUAACUCCCUGGGCGCCGUCAAGCUCUCCGUUGACAUUGCCAUUGGUGAGACCAGCAAGAUUGAGACUGAGGACAAGGAUAAGAUGAAGGAUAUUGUGCAGCGAGUCAAGGACUUAAACAGCCGGUUGCACGAUAUCCGUCGUGAGCAGGUGUAUCAGCGGGUAGAUUACCCCAUAUCCAAUCUAUGGCUAGAGCCUCUGCAGACGAGUGAAGCGAACAUACUAAUGUUUCUUUUUUCUUGCCAGGAACGUGAAUCUGAAUUCCGUGACCAAUCCGAGACUACCAACUCGCGUGUCGUGCGCUGGACUCUUAUCCAGCUUGCCGUUUUGUCCGCUGCAUGCGCGUGGCAGCUCUCCCACCUGCGGUCAUUCUUCAUCAAGCAGAAGUUGACUUAG